AUGCCUGCAACUCCUGCAUCCACUUCUGGCACUCUGAAUGCCGGAAGCCAUUACCGACCCCUGAAGCUGAGCCUUGGAACUAUUUCCUGCACAUUGGCAAUGGCUGGAUCGCGGGUCUGUGCAUGCAUCUCUCAAUAUCAGACGGAAGCUGCCAACAAUGGUCUAUCUUCUGACCGGAUAAAGUAUUUUAAAGCUGGGCUGCAAUGGGAGAUGAAUACUUUUGUCACACCACUCCUGCAGUACUCAGCUUCACAGAAUAUCGUGUCGGUUCUUCCGGUCCCUGUCGCUUAUAUCCUUAAGUUGUAUCCCAUGCUAACCUGGAACACGGUUCCGGACGACGUCUUUUCAUUCCACCUCCUUUCAUUUGAUGAUGAGGCAAUUGCAGGACAUCCGUCCCGGAUUGUGUUUGCAUAUACAUGUCCAUGGUGGAUGGGAAACACCACAAUCCCGGAUCAACCAUGGCAGUGGGAUGAAAUAAUGGCUUCCUGCGUCUCUCACUACCAGUAUUGGGCGCUUAAUGUUGAGGAUGAUGCUUUGGUUCUUCCAGAGAAGUUGAGAAACACUUCGACUCCACCACUUAUGGGACUGAGGUGGAUUAAAGAACACAUGGAAGCAUUGAUGGAGGAGCAAGAUGAGGGCAUCAAAGCCAAGAUGGCAGAGGUGAAGAUGUACACUGACAUGUUAGAGAAAUUGAGGAAAGGCAAAGGAGUGUAG